UUUAUAUUUCUACCACCCUUAAGAAAAGUGUUGCAAAUGGCCCGCUGAUGGCUGUAAAAAUUUCAAGGAAUAUCAUUUCUAACAAUUACUGCAAUGUGCUAGUAAAACGAAGCCCAAGAAAUUGAAUAAUUCCACGAUUAAAAAAAAAGAACCAAAGCGCAAACAAAAAAAUAUAAUAAAACCCACAACAAAUAUUCCAAGUCAAACGGGAACAAAUGUACAGUGUGUGACAAAAAUAAAAGUGCAGCAGCAACUAAACAAAUAUUAAUUAUAAAUAAUAUAUUUAACCUAAAAUAAAUAAUUAAAAUCGAUGCUAAAAUCUAAGCCCCAUCCUUAACGUAAACAAAAUUGAAAGUAAUUUUAAGUCGCAGUUUGGAAAGUGUACAAAAAAACCGAAAUAACCGAAAAUAACGAAAAAAUCCGUGCAACAUCAACUACGCGAAAACCAUCAAGACGGAACAGCUGUGCUGUGCUGUGCAUGUGUGGGCAGCGGCGGCGGCGGGCGCGUGUGUGUGUGCCGUGUGUGCAAACUUGAAGCGCUUGAUGGCGCUCCAGACUAUGCCAUUCUUGUGGUCAGCCCAAACCCUAGUUGUUGCUGUUGUUGCGGCGCAUAAAACGCGGAAAGGUCUCCCCCCACUUUAAAUCAAUUUCAAUCUAUUUAAUCCAACAAAAGAAAUUUAACGUCCCUAAGUGGGAGAGAGAGAGCGAGAGAGACAAGCAAAAGUGUCGCGUUUCAAAGUCGGAUCGGUCGGUCGGUCGAGCGUUGCCUUCGUGUCGUGUCGCCGUCGCGUCGUGUCCGCCGUCGUCGUGUCCCUGUACGUGGGCGGUUCGUUUCGGUUCGGGAUCAGUUGACACUGGGUUGCACCUGAAAGCGCAACCGUUAAGAGCGCGCUAUGAUGCAUCGUAAUCGUCGAAGCACACACGAAGAAGCUGGCAACAAUUUGGCGGGAGAACUCUUCAAACUGACAGCAAACCAAAACAAACAAUAAUUCAAAUUGUAAUAAUAAUUAGAGCACAAUUUCCGAGCGUGCUACUGACAAAACAAUUAAAAGGAAAAACUAAUUUUUCCACUAGGUAUAAUUAAUAAAUAAAUUUCUUUCGUGGCACCAAAUAAUCCAAGAAUCGCUAGCAAUCCUGGAUUAUUUGCUAAAAACUUUGCGGACGCUGAAAUCCAAUUCGAUUAUGGCCGAGAAUCAAAGUGCGGCCAGCGAAGAUUCCGGUCAACAACAGAAACAACAGCAGCACUCAGUCAAUCAUUCAACCACAGCGGCAACCGCAAGCAGCACAACAGCAACAACAACAACAGCAAAUACUGCUGGCCAAACAUCAAUCAAUCAAUCGCCCACUAACUCUCAGGCCUCAUCACCGGAGAACAACUCCCAGGAAGCGCUACCCUCGACGGCUGGGAUACGCCGACAACAGCAGCAGCAGCAGCAGCAAUCCACAGCAGCAACAGUCGCAACUGCAACCGCAACACUCACAACCGGCAGCAACAUGUUCGAUCGCACGGUGAAUGCCAAAUUCAAGCCGGGCACCGGCAACACUGGCGGCGGAAAUAAUCCGCAUGCAGGGCGCCGCAACUCGCUGAUGUCCAGCGCAAGGGGAGUGACAGUGGGCACUGGCGGUACCAGCAUGCGCAAGCUCACGAAGGUCAAUUCGUUGUCCAGCAAUCAUCACUUUUCCGUGUGCUAUCCACCCAACAUAAAUGCGCUGCCAGAGCGCAAUUGUUGCAACAGCAACAAUUCGGCGGCAGUUGCCGCGCUGCAGCGCACCACCAGCGAGAGUUUGCGUUUGAAUGCGCUGAACCGUGGUGCAGGUGGAGGAACAGUGGCAUCAUCGCGCGCAGGCAGCAACUCGAGCUUGGCUUCGUCCACUACGACAUCGACAUCGACGUCGACGUCGGUGGCACCCAAGACGAGCAGCAGCAGUGGCGGCAGCGGCAGCAGCAGCAACACGCAGCAGCAGCAACAGUCGCAGGCGAGCAGCAGCAGCGGUGGUGGCGGUGGCGGUGCCGGUGGCAAGGCCAGUUCGCCCAAUAAUAAUGGGGCACGCUCAAUGGCAGCGGCAGGAGGAGCCGGAGCAGGAGCAGGAGCAGCUGCAGGAACAGGCGGUGGAGGUGGAGCUGGCACGGUAGCUGCUGCAGCUGGACAGCAUCACCAUCAGCCGCAUCACCACCAUCAUCAUCACCAUCACUCGCACCAGCAUCAUCAUCAGCAGUCGUCGCAGCCCCACACUAGCCACAGUCAAGGACACUCCCUAACCGUUGCAGGAGUGGCAGCUGGCGGCGGGGGCUCCUCAGCACCCUCCACUGGCAUCGCCGCCGUGCUGACCACCACAACCACACGCAAACCAAAGACGACUUCCUCAUUCGAGAUCACCUCGGUGACGGUGGGACAUCCAAAGCUGAACGCUGCCGGCGACACUGGCGAUGAGUCGGCCGACGAUCUGGACGAAUCUCACACGGAUGACAACAGUCGGAUAACGGAUUUGGAGAACGAAACGCCCUCGAUGUCGGAGGACACGUUCUCCAAGGAGGAGGUCUUCUAUGCCAACAAUGCACUGAGCACCAAUGCGCCGGUGAUACCGACCAGCUCGCAGUACGGCCUCGUCGUCGUGGAUCCCAUUGGCCCCGCUGCACUCGGCCAGACCAUCCAGAACGUGCAGGUGAAUGUGUCCACGGACAACAAUAUCAUCAACGUGGUGAGCCACUCGGCGGUGACGCCCGGUGGCAGCAAGAAGAAGGAGGGCGGCGACAACAGCAGCAAGGAGACGACGCAGCAUCGCAGCGAGCGCUUCAAGGUGGUCAAGAUCGAGUCCACGGAGCCGUUCAAGCGCGGACGCUGGAUGUGCAUGGACUAUUUGGACCAUUCGAGUGUGGGCAACGGCGGAGGCGGUGGCGGUGCGGGUGGUGGGGGUGGUAAUAAUAACGAAAAGACUGGCUCUUCUUCUUCCGAGGCGCUCGUUGCCGGCGGCGAUGGUGCAGCAGGCGGCGGUGGCGGUGGCGCAGGUGCCGCAGCAGGCGGUGCGGAUGCGGCACAAAAGACAACCCAGAGCAUGAUACUCCCGCCCACACAUGCACUCCUGGAGAAUCACUUGGAGGCCAAUGCAACGGAUGCCAACUGGAACUAUGCCGCGGAGCAGCAGCAACAGCAGCAGCAGCAACACCACCAGCAGCACUCGCAGCAGCAGCACCAGCACCAGCAGUCGCAGCAUCAGCAGUCCCAAAUUAGUGCCACGCCCAGUGGCGUAAUGACAGCUCCUGCCACCGUGGUGCACGGCAUGCACCAGCUGCACAUGGAGGCGCAGCAGCAACAGCAGCAGCAGCAGCAACUCUUUGAUAGCGUCAACGCCAAUGCCAGCUCCCCGAAUCCCCCGGUCGAGUCGCAGAUGGACUAUGCCCAAGCGGCGGCCAUGCAGCUGCAGCAGACGCUGCAACAGCUCAAGCAGCGGGAGGAGGCCAUGGAUGUGCCACCGCCGGGUGGCAGCUACCAGAGCUACCAGCCGAAUGGCGGCGAUGCUGCGGCGGCAGGCAACAACAACAACAGCAGCAGCGCGCAGGCAGCAACGAUUGCUGUGGCAGCGAGCGAGACACAGCUGCAGCAGCCACUGUCGCCGGCGCCACAGACGCCGCAGAUCACGCCCACAUUUGCCGCAGUGGCAGCAGCCGCUGGGCAGGCGCAGGCCACGUCCCAAAUCGAUGGGAUAGCCAGCAGCAGUCAGCAGUACACGCAGGCCCCAGCGGCAGGAACUCCACAGCAACAAGCCCCAACAGCCACCGUUGCAGGUGCAGCAGCAGCAGCAGCGGGAGUUGCACCAACAGUUGCCCCACAACAGACUUCAAACACUUCCACAACAGCGGCAGCAGGAGCGGCUGUGACCUUGCCACUGUUAUCACACAUGACACACAGCUAUGAGCAGCCAGCCUCAGUUGUGGCAGCCACGGUGGGUGCCGCGGCCGUUGCAGCAGCCGCCACAGCAGUGAUUCCCACGUUGCAGCUGCAAAGUGCACCGGCGACCAUAGUCGACGCACAGCAAUUGAUUGUCCAGCAGCAGCAGCAGCAGCAGCAGGAGGAUCAGCAACAGAUACCCACAACAAAUAUCGCGAGUGUUAGUGCCAAUAAUAAUAGUAAUUUAAAUCUAACGAAUCCAAAUGUCGUCGUUGCCGUGGAGGCCGCACCAUCGUCUGUCGUGGUGCUGCCCUUGACGACCGAUGACCAAUCGACAACGGGAGCAGCAGCGGCGGCAGCAGCAGGCGCAGCCACAGCGGCAGGAGCAGCAGCCGCGGGAGGAGCCACCACCACAUCGACAUCAGCAACAACACAGCAGCAAAUCCAACAGCUACAGCAGCAACCAAAUGCAGAGUCCGAGACUGAAAGGUAAGCGUUGCCAUUUCCA